AUGGCAUCCUCGAGGGUGAUAGAUGCAGACGAAGUCGCCAAGCACAACAGGACGGAUAGCUGCUGGGUGGUUCUUUAUGGAAAGGUGUACGAUGUUACAGAUUUCUUACCCAGUCAUCCGGGAGGCGCGAAUAUCAUCCUUCAGCUAGCCGGGAAGGAUGCAACCGAAGAAUACGAUCCAAUCCAUCCAACCGGCACUCUGGAGGAAAGCCUCCCCUCAAAGGCUUUGAUAGGGACUGUUGAUGCGAAGUCACUGGCCAAACUUGCUCCAAAGCGGGCCAAAGCUGAAGAAAAGCUUACUGAAGGACCUCCCCCAGUGUCAACUCUCUUGAACAUGGAUGACUUCGAAGAAGUUGCUUCUAAGCAGCUAACCCAUAAGGCUUGGGCGUACUAUUUCUCUGGCGCUGAUGAUCUGGUCUCCAAGUCAUUGAAUAAUAGAGUUUAUAGAUCUAUAUUACUUCGCCCGAGAGUCUUCGUGGAUUGCAAGAAUUGCAGCCUGGCCACCACCAUAUUGGGGCACAAGCUUGAUACCCCCAUCUAUGCUUCUCCCACUGCAAUGGCACGGCUGGCUCAUACCUCAGGCGAGGCUGGGAUUGCUGCCGCAUGUGCCAAGUUCGGCGCUAUGCAAAUCAUCUCCAACAACGCUUCCAUGACCCCAGAAGAGAUAGUUAAGGAUGCCCCUUCCGACCAGAUGUUUGGAUGGCAACUAUACGUGCAGGUUGACCGGAAGAAGAGCGAGGCUAUGCUAGCGCGCAUUAACAAGAUCAAAGCGAUCAAGUUCAUCUGCCUUACGCUUGAUGCUCCCGUCCCCGGAAAAAGAGAGCUCGAUGAGCGCACAAAAGCCAUAGCGGCCACACCUGCCAUCGCAGACAUAGUGAAGUCUUCAGGAGGCCAUGAAAUUGCUGGUGGUGGUGGCCUGGGACAGCAGUUAUUUGCAGGCACAGACCCAUCUUUGACGUGGAAGGAUACCCUACCCUGGCUGCUGAAACAUACAGACCUUCCCAUUGUGCUCAAGGGCAUUCAGACGCAUGAAGAUGCCUACAUUGCAUCACUACAUUCCCCUCAGAUUAAGGCCGUCAUUCUCUCCAACCACGGCGGGCGAGCAAUGGAUACUGCUCCUCCCGCUGUCCAUACGUUGAUGGAAAUCCGUAAAUACUGCCCUGAAGUCUUUAACCGGGUUGAAGUCUGGAUCGAUGGUGGCAUUAAGAGAGGUACAGAUGUGGUAAAGGCAUUGUGUCUAGGAGCUAAGGGGGUCGGUGUUGGUAGGAAUGCAUUGUUCAGUCUUGCCGCUGGUGGAAUUCAGGGCGUUGAACGAAUGUUUGAGAUCCUCUGUGCCGAAACAAUGACAGCAAUGCGGCUGCUCGGAGUUGAUAAAGUGGAAGAUCUAGGCAUGCAACAUAUCAACGCUCGAGCUGUUGAACAGCAGCUCUAUGAUGGCGGUGCCGGUCUCGACAUCCUGGGGCCCCGUAUCAAGGCCAAAAUAUAA